AUGGCGUUUCGAGGCGAGCGUUUCGUCCUCGACCUGGACGAUGACACCCCUACUAUCCCCAUUGAUCCCAUCCCGUCACCCUUCUCCUUGAUUGGCGAGAUCCGUGAACGUGAGCCGACCUCUGCCACACCGCCUGCCCCGGCACCUCCCACGUCAACGUCAGCGUCCUCGACCGGGUUCCCCGCGCACCGGCGUCGCGACAAGCCUUCCUCGUUCAAGCAGCGACGAGCGGAACAGCAAGCAGCGAGGGAGGCCCCUGCUCCACCGACUACUCUGCCAGCAGCCCAGGAUGACAAGGGCGCGAUUGGCGAGGAGAACCGCCGGCAUCUGGCCUCCAUGUCAGAGGCGCAGAUUCAGCGGGAGCGGGAGGAGCUGAUGGCCUCGAUGGAUCCAGGACUCCUAGAGCGAUUCCUCCGACGGGCCCGAAUCGAUGAGGAUGAAAAGGCUAGCACCGAGCCAGCCGAAGCUCCGUUGACACUCGCCGCGGAAGAAUCAGCGGCCGCAAAGCCCAGGAAAUCCGUCUCCUUCGACAUUCCCGCCCCCGCAUCUGACGCAAAGCCAGCGCCCUCAUCUGCUCAAAAACACUCAAUCACACCACAACCGCCCGGCCACGACGACCGCCCACCCGCCCACCUCCCCAAAGACCUCCAUCCCGCCUCUGAAACCCCCAUAAUGGACCCCUCAGUCAUCGAAACCUUCCACUUCCCCCGCCCAACCCAACCGAUGCCAACUCUAGACCCAUCCUCCCCCUCCUUCCUCACAGACCUCCAAUCGCAUUACUUCCCCGAGCUAUCCACAGAUUCAUCCUCGCUCUCCUGGCUGCAUCCACCCUCCAGCGACGCCGAAGAUCCAGACUCCACCUCCGCCUAUCACCCCUCCAGCAGCGCGAUCUCAGUCGCGCCCUCGGCAAUCCGCUUCUCGCUUCGCGGCGAGAUCCUCGCGCCGUCGACUUCGCUGCAGCUCCCGACAAGCUUGGGACUGCAUCAUCACGGAGACGAUCCGCUGGCAGCGGGGUAUACGAUUCCCGAGCUGGCGAUUCUGUCGAGGUCGACGUUUGCGGUGCAGCGGUGUGUGGCGUGGCAGGUUUUGGGCCGGAUAUUGUUUCGGCUUGGGCGGGCGGAAUUCGGAGAUCGGGGGGGUCAGUUGUCGGAGGGGUUAUGGUAUGUGAUUGAGAAGGAGGGCAUUGUGGGGGGCAUGUUGGCCGAGGCGGAGGGCGCUUCAGGGCAGAGCCCGAGGAGGGCGCGUGCAAGUGCGGAAGAUAAGGGCGAGAAAGAAGAAAAGAACGAGAAAGAGCGUCCUACGAUGCCUGUCGCGUCGGGCAUUGGGCGGCAUGCUAGCGCUGCGGCGUGGGCGAUGGAGGGUGUGUGGUUGUGGCAGAAGGGCGGCGGCGGGGACCGCGGGUUCUUGAAGGAGGGCCAGAUUCGAUCGCAGUAG